AUGUCUACCUCAACCCCAGACUCAACGCGCUUCAGGUGCGCAUUAUGUCCAAAGGAGUUUUCUCGGCGGGAGAAUCUUGCUCGCCAUGCUCGGAUCCUAUGUGGCAAAGAGUUCACGAGAAGUGAUGUACGUCAGCGUCAUGAGGAAAUUCACAGGACGCAGCAGUCACCUAGUGUGAUUGUGGCGUCCCAACCGCAAACUGCAUCCCCAAAUGACAAUGGGCUUGCCUCGCCGCACACGCCGUCCGACGCGCUACGUGACAAUCGGCCGGCUGACAGGCGCCGUGUUGCUGGUUCAGCUGGCUUCGAUCCGCCGGCUGAUCAGGCAUAUCCGCAAGUCGAGGCCCACCAUGACAUGGGCCAUGAUUGGACUCCUCUUCAUUCAUUGAAUAUGGAUAUAGACCAAUCUGAUGGUCCUGAAGCUCAAGUUGAAAGCAGGCAGCCCAAUCAUUGGACAAAUGAAUCGCCUAAUAAUAGCUUCGACGAUGAUCUAGUUCGAUGGAUGCAAGAGCCAUGCUUAUUCGAGGAUAUGUGUUUUGAUGAUGAUAUCAUGUCGGUGCUGCUAGAAUCGGGGUCCAUGCCACCGUUCAACGCCGCGCCAAUUCUGGCAAUGGAUAUCGAGAACGGCCAAGUAACAGGUUCAAACCAUGACCAAAGUUCAAGUACUUUCACUGAUAGGGGCGAGCGAAUGAUUCGACCGACAUCUCCGCCCAACGAAGCCUCUGAAGAGGACAAAUGGCCAUAUAGAUGGGAUCCUGGCUCUCAGGCAAUUACAGCCGCAAAGCCAAUCGAGCUACCCAAAAUCCAUUCGUUGAGACGGCAUCAUGACCCAUCCUUUGAUAUCUCCCAGCAGCGAUAUGAAAGACUCAUGGCCUUCCUCGUAGAACCAGCCAGGAGAGGGUUCAAUCUUCACUCUCUUCAUUUUCCAGAAUUGGCAACUACAAACAUCUUCAUCGGACUGUUCUUCGCGCGCUUUGAGCAUCAGAUGCCGGUUAUACAUCGAUCAUCUUUGAAAUCCUGCGACGAACUCCCCGACCCUCUUCUUGCCGUUAUGAUUGCCAUAGGCGCUAUAUACAGCCGUGAAAGACACACGUGCCGAUUUUCAAUUGUACUUGUUGACAUGGCAAGACUGAGCUCGCAGAUUGCACUUGAGAUGAACAACAGAUUCAUGAGAGAUCCUUUGUUCGUCUAUGCUCUUGCACUAAUCUGCUACGCAGGCCUGUGGUGCGGCAAUAAGCGAUUGUUCGAGCUAUCAGAGAGCCUGCGUGGUUCGGUUGUCAGCUAUUGCCGCCAGAUCCACAACAGCGAAUUCAUCUUCGCAAGAGACGACCUGAAGAGAUUCGGUAAUAGUUUGGACAGUCAAUGGCAAAGGUGGAUCUUGAAAGAAUCCAGGAAGAGACUUAUGUGGGUGAUUUACGGCCUGGACUGCAUUUUUCCCUGCUUGCUAUACCUGCCAGCUUCGAUCAGUCUAGCAGAGGUGAUGACCACCGAGUGCCCCUGCGACGAAGAUUUUUGGCAUGCUGCAAGCGCCAAUCGGUGGAAAGCCUUACUGGGCUCUGCCUCUGUCCCGCCUGCGAGAACCUUUGCCUCCGCAGUAAGCCCCUUCUUGGGGCCCUUGAAUCUGGGCCAUGGCUCGCACAAUACCUCAUCGAAUAUGUUCCUUCGCCAAACAUCUUUCUCCUCAUCAAUAAGUCUCAACUCUUGGACACGACAUCUUAUUCUAACGACCAUUUUGGUCCAAUCCUUCGAGCUGUCGCAGCAGAUCUCAAUGGUCUCCGAGGCAACUCUAGAUGCAGAGAUAUGGCAAGUGCCAAGAGCAAAUGAACCCAAUUCUCCAGCGAGCAGCCUCUUCACGGCUACCAUUGAGCCCGAGAUCCAACCUCAUUACGCCUACCUUGUAACAAGAUGCUUAUCCAGUCGUCAUCCAGACUCUAGCUUGUCACCCCCAGAACAAGAAGUAUGUAGGACACUCGCUGAGCGCAAGGAGCUUAUUUCAAGUACGUUCAAGCCCCUUCAUCGUCCGCACAGCAUCUUGACAGAAUUUCUAGAAAUGCUACUUGCCUGGGAACAUGCCUACGCAUCAUUACCAGCACCAGAUGUGGCCGUCUAUGAAACCUCUCGAUACUUCCACGAGAGUUCGCAGGUCUACCACCGCCUCGGCCAUCUCACUCUCCACGUCCCAAUCGUGGAUCUUCAAAACGCACUCGGAAAGUCAGGUCCGGCAGAAAUAACACCGGCAAUAGGAAUGAUGCAUAGGAUUCUCACAAAUCAUCCCGAAGAUGUCAGCUCAAUGCUCACGCAUUGCUUGGAAUUGAUCCGCGAUCUACGCGUGCAGCCCAAUUCGCCAACUGGUGAGUCCGGGUCAUCGCGGAUGACAGAGCCCCCUGAGAUAAUAGCCUGUUUUCUUGGAGAGGCGUUUGUGUGGAUGCUAGUGAGCUGUGCGGAUCCAGCGCAGAUUCGGUUUUUGAGAGAUAAAAUGGACGGGUUUGAGGCUUCGGAUGGGUUUUUCGCGGUUGUGAAGGAGGCUUUGGAUCGGGCGAGGGAUCAAGAGAGUGAUGUCGUUCGGAAGCACAAUACUUCCAAGACGAACUUGAUCUUGUUUGCUGCUGCUGAUGUUAUUAGUAAAAUGACGCCUUGGAAUGCGUCGCUUAAUUUGGCGUUGCUUUUGUGUCAUAGGGGGAAGGCAUCUACAGCGCGUGAGGAUUUAUGUCAUUAG